AUGUCAUUUUCGGGCACACCACUAGGUCAAGGCAGACGUCUCGAUCACAACACUUUUCUUGGUAAACAACCUUCCGGGCCCACAAGCCCACAUCACAUCAUUCCCACCUCCUACGCUUACGGAGCACCAACUCUCGCCUCCCGAUCCCCAACCAAACCCACAUCACCCGUACGCGAUCGUCGCUUCCACGACGACGACGACGACGAAGAAAACGAAAACGAACCAGCACUAGCACGCUUCGCACGUCAAAAACAGCGCGAGCACGCUUCCAUCAACAAUCUCUCUUCACGCCCCGGUGGCCCAAAGACUUUCACCUCCCCACCCAAACCAGAAAAGUGGAGCGUAAAGGACACCUCUGUCAACAUCGCAACCGCUUUCACACAGGCCGCCAACGAUAUGCUGCCUGCACAUACCACACCAAACACAUCAUGGGCCUCGUCCUCGUCCUCGUCCCGGACUGUCGUCCCACGAAGCACGUCAGUAGAGUACGAGUCACAGGUACAAUCAACUACCUCUCGUCGCCUUGCUGCACCAAAUAGCAAGCUCGGCUCGCGCCCUCCAAAUUCAAACUCGAAUCCCUCGAGAAAACCGCUCUCAAAGGCUGAUUCCUCGCUACACGUGCCCGACUCUGAAGAUGAGCGGCCGAACGCGAACGGUCGCGGGAAGAGCCCAAUGGAACAAGUUGCUGGCGCUGCGAAUCGUGCUCUGCAAACUGCCACUUUCUAUCUAACUGCCCGUUCCAAAGAACCACAAGAUACCUCGGGAGCUGCGAACAACCAAAAUGGCAAUGACUCGAGCUACGACUACGGUGCCGAGGAAAGCAUCUAUCAAGCUUCCCAAGGGAAACGGACUUCCAAUGCAGCCCAUAAACGGAACCGGAUAUCUGUAGAUAAUAAGGCUUGGAAGCCCUCCGCGUCGGAUUUCGAGUCUGACGAGGAGUACUCGGAUGAUGGCAAGAAAGGAAGGGGCGCGAAGAAGAAAGGUCCACAUGGAGGUCCAUUGACAAACCUGCCUAGUAUCGGCCCCAGUAAAGGCAGAAAAAAGAAGACCAAAGGAACUAAAGGAAGUAAAGGAAACAUUGCAGGUGGUGAACAUGAGAACGAGAGCGAUGGCGAAACACAAACCGACAUUCAAUCACAGUCCGCGCAACUACGGUCAUCAGCGCAACCUUCACGGCCCUCCAUCCCCAGAUCCAUACCACCAGAAAACUAUGAUCCAGAAGAUACCUCAGUGGACGUCGAACAGGGCCUCCACUCAAUACCAGAGAUUGACGACAUUGAUCUACCACCGGAAGACCUCAGUGCUCAGCAACGAGCACGCUCAAUGGAGCCGAAACCCAAGCGGAGAACCUCCCGUUCACGUACCCCCGCCCGCGAACGGGCUCGCUUCUCAAUAGGCGGCGCUCUUGGCUCUAUCGUGAACCUAACGUUCAAAGGAUCCAUGAGCAUAGUCACUCUUUUCCUCCAUCUCCUAAGCAACGUUCUUUUCCUCCUUGGUCGGGUCUUUGGCACCAUGUUCGACAUUGUUUUUAACCGCCCGUAUCUUUGGGUAAAGUCGUCGAGAGCUAAAGGGUUGGCUACGUUUGCGAAAUACGUUUUUUUGGCGGCUACGUUGGUUUCUGCGUGGUUCGUCCUUCGAAGUCCUACUGCCCUUUCGUACAUCCCCAAACUAUCAUUCCCGUCGUCGUCUUCUACACGUUCUUCGCCAGUGUACACCGCCCCGGAGGUACCAGCUGCCAAUAUCAUGGAACUUGCAGAACGCCUGCUACGCAUUGAGAAUGCGCUGUCGGGUCUAUCAGUGGACAGCGAGCGGGCGAAAGCAAAGGCGGACGAUGGUGUUCGUGGGUAUCAUGAUCUUAUGGGCCGGCUUGGUGUGCUUGAGACGAGGUUGGGCGCGGAGAGUAGGAAGAUUGUGGAAGCUGAGACGAGGGCGCGAGAUGCGGCUGGGAGGGGGUUGAGUGGGGUUAAGCAGGAUGUGGAGGUGCUUCAGGCGCAGAUUGUGGCGCAGCAGAAGCUUUUGGAGAAGGAGAGGGAGGAGAAGGAGAAGGGACAAGGACACAAGCAAGGACAUACGAGUGAUGAGGAGGCCCGUGUGAAGUUGAAGGCUUUGGAGGAGAGGGUUGGCUUCGUGGAGGGCGGUGUUAGGGAUGCGUUGGAGUUGGGUACGAAGGCUUCAAGCGCCGCUGCUGCUGCUGCUACGGCAGGGAAUAAUAAAGCCCCAGCAGCUGCCAUCCCAGGAACGGAAUGGUGGAAUAAGCGCGUCAAGUCUGGGUUGCAGAUCAAAUCGUCGGAUGGGACGGAUGUCACGGCGCUCAUUGCCGACCUCGUCGAUACGGCGACGUCCAUCCGAAGUAAGGACACCAUUGCCAAACCGGAUUAUGCGCUCCAUUCUGGUGGGGCGAGGAUCAUACCCUCGCUUACGACUCCGACGUUUGAGAUUCGGCCUUCUACGCUUCGUGGACAGGUUGUUGGGCUCUUGACGGGGAACGGGUACGCGAUUGGACGACCGCCUAUAACGGCUUUGCAUCAUGAAGUGAACAAUGGGCAUUGUUGGCCUUUUGCGGGGAGUGAAGGGCAGUUGGGUGUGGCGCUUGCUGCGCCGACGUAUGUUGAGGAAGUGUCUGUUGAUCAUGUUGCGAAGGAGCUGGCGUUUGAUAUGAGGAGUGCCCCGAGGGAGAUGGAGGUGUGGGGUAUGGUUGAGGGGAAGGAUAAUGUUGCGCGUGUUAAAGAGUGGAAGGAACACUCUGGGGGCCAGGAGAUUCUAAACGCCAUUGGGUACCCGACGACGUUGCCAAGGGAGCCGGAGUAUAUUCGCCUGGCGAAUUUUACUUAUGAUGUUGCGAGUACGAGGGGUGUGCAGACGUUCCCUGUUGAUGAGGAUGUUAGGAGGCUUGGUGUUGAUUUUGGGAUUGUGGUGUUGAGGGUGUUGAGUAAUUGGGGACAGGGGGAGUUUACGUGUUUGUAUCGGUUUAGGGUGCAUGGGCAGAGGAUGGUGGAUGGGCCGCCGCCGAUGAAUUUGGGGGAGGAUGCCUCCCCGUAA